UUAAAAAAAUUGGAGACGAUACACAACAGAGAGCUUCUCUUUUGCAAUCAUGGCGUCGAUUUCAUCGAGCAAGCUUCUUCACCUAAUCUGCUACGUUUCUCUCAUCUCCUUCGUAUCAUCAUCAUCUGAUCUUUCUACAACAUCUUCGCCGAAAGUCUCGCUUGGCCUGUACUACGAGUCUCUCUGCCCGUACUGUUCUUCCUUCAUAGUUAACCACCUCACGAAGCUCUUCGAAGAUGAUCUUAUCUCAAUCGUUGAUCUCCAUCUCUCUCCCUGGGGGAACACCAAGCUCCGCUCCGAUAACGUCACUGUCGUUUGCCAGCACGGUGCGUUUGAGUGCUUGUUGGAUACGGUAGAAGCUUGUGCGAUUGAUGCGUGGCCUAAAUUGAGUGGUCAUUUUCCGUUUAUAUACUGUGUUGAGAGUUUGGUGACUGAACACAAGUAUGACAAGUGGGAGAGUUGUUAUCAGAAGCUUAAUUUGAACUCUAAACCUGUUGAUGAUUGUCUCAGUAGUGGACAUGGAGACAAGCUUGAGUUGCAGUAUGCUGCAGAGACGAGUGCACUUCAGCCGCCUCAUCAAUAUGUCCCCUGGGUAGUGGUAGAUGGUCAGCCACUUUAUGAGGAUUAUGAGAACUUCAUAAGCUACAUCUGCAAGGCUUACAAAGGUAAUAAAAAGCCUGACGCGUGUGCUAAACACUCAUCCAGCCACUUCAUUCGAAGUGCCAAAGUGAAUCGCUUCCCUCUGGUUUGCCGGAAAGGAGUCAAUACGAUGUGGAAUACGUUGGAACGUAUCAAAACCUCUUUGUUCUCGUACAUCGACGCCACAGGCCUGCUAUAAACACCUUCUCUCUCUUUUGUGAUACGUAACAUGAUACUCUCAAAAUCUAUAUAUGGAUUCUGAGAUAUGAAUGUCACAAAAUGUAUGUUUGUUGGGUUGUGUGAAAGUCCUGUUUUAAAAUAAAGUUUUGCAUCUCAUGUCAAAUGAUGAAUUUCCUCAACAUAUGACUUUGAAUUGUUCGUUGUUUUUGGGACGGCCGCCUGGAGGCUGAUGAUUGGUCCAUAAAUGUUUGGUCUAGACUUCUAGUCUCCAAUCAAAAUGAAAUUUAAUUGAUGUACCCAAUUGGUUACAACCUUACAG